GUCAUAAAUCGAGAAAUAACAAGAAAUUUAUCUUUCCUUUUCUACCCUUCUUCCUCUUCCCUUUCGCAAGUGCGCCCUAGAAAAUUAAACGUUGAUUCUUUCGCUUUCCACCAAUCUCCUCAAAUUUUUGUGCUCUCUUCAAGUUCUCGUGAUCUCUCUAAUUUUCAGAAAAUGGGGGAUAAAGAGAAUGGAGAUGAGGACUUGCCCCGGGAUGCAAAGAUAGUACAAACACUUUUGAAAUCAAUGGGUGUUUCCGAAUAUGAACCUCGUGUUAUUCACCAGUUUUUAGAACUUUGGUAUCGGUAUGUGGUGGAUGUUCUAACUGAUGCUCAAGUUUACUCAGAACAUGCUAGUAAACCUGCAAUUGAUCCUGAUGAUGUUAAGCUUGCAAUACAAACAAAAGUUAAUUUUGGUUUCUCGCAACCUCCUCCUCGAGAGGUCCUUCUAGAGCUUGCAAGGAACAGAAACAAAAUGCCACUGCCUAAAUCGAUUACAGGGCCUGGAAUCCCACUCCCACCAGAUGAAGACACACUGAUCAGCCCUAACUACCAACUUGCAAUCCCCAGAAGACCACAAGCUCAAGCAGAUGAAGAAAUGGAGGAAGAUGAAGAUGUGGUCGAUCCUAAUCAAAACUCCAACCUAAAUCCGCCCCAGGAACAAAACACGGAUCAGCUACAAAAUACUCCUCAAAGGGUAUCCUUUCCCCUCACUGGAAAACGUCCAGGGUGAAAUUUAGGAAAAAUCAGUGUUUUCAAAGCAAAGCUCCUCGUUACUGUCCAUUUAGGUUCUUCUUUAUGCAACAUUAUGACUGUAAACUACUGUAAUGCUGAGUGCAAGGAACCUCAAGUAGUACUGGUUGCACCCAACAGUGGUUCAACAUCUUGCAAGUUUUUAUCCUAAAUUUCAUCCGACAGUACUUGCUUUUGCCAA